AUGCUCGGAAAGAUCACUCUUGAGGACCACUUCAAUACCCCAGAAUUUGCCGAGAAGGCAAGAUGGUGGGCUGGAUUCUUCGCUACAGAUCCUGAUCGCCACGUUCGCGAAAUUUGCGAUCUCAACAACAUUCGACUUCAGUAUGCCGAUGAGUACGGUGUUGGAUACCAUAUCUUAAGCUAUACUGCUCCUGGUAUCCAGGACAUCACCGAUCCUGCCGAAGCACUGAGGGUCGCCAAAUUUGUGAAUGACUGGACGUAUGAACAGAUCAAGGACAAGCCAGACCGCUUUGGCUCUUUUGCCUGCCUUUCUAUGCACGACCCAACCACCGCAGCCGCUGAAUUGAGACGAUGCGUUGAGAAAUAUGGCUUCAAGGGUGCCCUCGUGAACGAUAACCAGAUUGCUUCAGACGGAAAGUCGCUUAUCUUCUAUGAUAAACCAGAGUGGGAUGUCUUCUGGCAAACCUGCGUCGAGCUAGAUGUUCCCUUCUAUCUCCACCCCAAGCAGCCCACCGGCGUCGUCUAUGAUACCCUUUGGGCAGACCGCAAAUGGCUCGUCGGUCCACCGCUUAGUUUCGCACAGGGCGUGUCCCUCCACCUCAUGGGAAUGGUGUCUAAUGGCGUCUUCGACCGCAAUCCUAAACUGCAGGUGAUCAUCGGUCAUUUGGGAGAACAUCUUCCUUUCGAUCUGUGGCGUAUUAACCACUGGUUCGAAGAUAUUAAGAAGCCGAUUGGUAUGCCUAUUGAGAAGACCAUCCGCGACUACUUCCGCGAAAACAUCUGGAUCACAACUUCCGGCCACUUCUCGACUCCAACUCUAAAAUAUUGCAUCGAAGAGUUUGGCAAUGCGGAUAGGAUUCUAUUCAGUACGGAUUAUCCGUUUGAGAACUAUAAAGACGCCUGCACGUGGUUUGAUAAUAUCAAAGGCUUAGAAAAAGGACAGAAAGCUGCAAUUGGAAGGGAGAAUGCGAAGAAGCUCUUUAAAUUGGGAGCGUAUAAGGAUAGUGAAGCGAUAGUCGAGGAUUGA